UCUUUCCCCAGAAGUCCCACCGCACUUAGCGGCUUCGCGGGAACGCCGGGGGAAAGAUCUUCCCAAUUCAAGUGCCUGUUCAUUCUUUCUCUGUGACUCUUCAUGGCGGACAAGAAACUGGUAGUGGUAUUUGGAGCAACUGGUGCCCAGGGUGGUUCAGUUGCCAGGACUCUCCUGGAAGAUGGGACAUUCAAAGUUCGUGUGGUGACUCGAAAUCCUAAGCAGAAAGCCGCAGAAUACCUGAGAAAUCAAGGUGCAGAGGUGGUCCGAGGAGAUCAAGAUGAUGAGAAGAGCCUGGAGCCAGCCCUGGCAGGGGCCUAUGCAGCUUUCAUUGUGACCAACUACUGGGAGAAUCUCAACCAGGAGCAGGAGAUUAAGCAGGGUAAACUCCUGGCUGAUCUAUCCAAACGUCUGGGCUUGAAUUAUGUGAUCUACAGUGGACUGGAGAAUGUGAAGAAGCUGACAGGCGGCCAGCUGAUAGUCAGACACUUUGAUGGCAAAGGGGAAGUUGAGGAAUACUUCCGGGCCUUGGGAGUACCAAUGAUCAGUGUCCGGCUGCCUUGCUACUUUGAAAACCUUCUCACCUACUUCCUACCCCAGAAGGCUCUGGAUGGAAAGGGUUACUUGCUGAAUUUGCCCAUGGGUGACGUCCCAAUGGAUGGAAUGGCAGUAGCUGACCUGGGUCCCGUGGUGCUGAGCCUGCUGAAGUCCCCAGAAGAGUACGUGGGCCGCAACAUUGGGCUUAGCACCUGCAAGCACACGGCCACGGAGUACGCCUCCUUUCUCUCUAAAUACACUGGGAAGACUGUGCAGGAUGCCAAGACCUCACCAGAGGAUUAUGAGAAACUUGGCUUCCCUGGGGCACAGGACCUGGCCAACAUGUUCCGCUUCUACACGAUGAAUCCAGACCGAGAUGUGGAGCUGACCCUGAAACUCAACCCCAAGGCCAGAACUCUGGAACAGUGGUUAGACCAGCACAAAGAUGCUUUUGCAAACCUGUGACAGGUCUGCUGCUAUCUUCCUCCCAUUGCCAACAUGAUCCAAUAAUCCAGUUCUUAGCAUAUAGCUCCUGCUAGCUUGCUUUGUUUUGUUAAUUGUUUUAAGGCCAUUGUACUUGUAGUUUAAAAUAAAAUGCUUUGUUUCUAUUCUGGAGCUCCAAUCAAAUUAGGAACAGACAUGGUUAAAAUUCAAGAUAGCAGCUACAAGAUGAAUAUGUGGAAUAGAGCCAUCAAGGAUGGCUCAGGUUCCGAAACUAGGUACCCAAAAGGAUGCUGAUGUUCUUAAAAGAAUUAUAUAUGUUUGAAAGGAGGGGAUUUGGAGGCAAGGAUAAUGAAUUCUCUUUUUGAUGUGUAGAAUUUUAGAUUCUUAUGAGACAUUCAAGUAGAAAUACACUGCCAGCAGUCAGAAAUGAAGGAAUUGCCCUCAGAAGAAAGAAAGGGCUGAAUAUGUAGAUUUGGGAAGCAUCUGGAAUAGAACUGAGUUAUUAAAGCCAUGGAAUCCCUGGCAGAUUACUAAGAGUGAAAAGGAAGGCAAAACCAAAGACAGAGUCCUAGGGGUACACUUACCCAAAGUGAAAAAGCCACGGAUACUGAUCCUGUUGAGAAGGCCUAAAGAACAAGUAGUAGUAGUAGUACCAGGAAACAGGGAAACUCUAGGAGGAAGAAAUAUAGUCAAGUCUCAGACAUUACAGACUUCAAGAAAGAUGGGGCUACAAAAUGAUCUUACCCUCAAGUGGCUUACAUUAUAGAGGAGGGGACAGCAUGCACAAAAUAUAUAUAGUGCAAAUUAGGAGGUAGUCUUAGAGAGAAGGGAUAAGGAGUAGGAGGAAAUGUUCAUAUUGGCCAUGCUCACAAAUAU